CCCCGCGAGUUUAUCUGCAUUCACAGCAAUCACGUGAAAAAGAUAUGGUGACUUUAAACAAACAAUUCAAAAACAUCGUAUUUUCAAUAAAUUUAAAAGAUCUAGCCUUUUUUGGCCACUGUCACUUUCUGAUCAAAAAUGUAUGACGUUUCUUCAAGAACAGUGCUCGUAAAAUCAUCAACUGGCGAGAAUGUGGGUCCCAGCACUUACGUAAUUUGCGAACCUCAUUGCCGAAAACAAAACUACGCCCCUUUCCUAUCCACGAAAAUAAAAACCCCAUCUUUCAUCACCAAGCUUAACACGAAUGCAAUUUACGACGUUAGGGAUUACCGAACAAGAAUCAAAGGCGGCUCUUCGAUCAGAAAUCGCGCCCCAAGAUUUGUGUACAAAGCCGACGAGACACCUGCCCCUACAAAAUACAACCCCAAGCCCAUACAGUGCGGUAAAAAGAAGCUCACACUUGACCCGACUAAACCAAAGGUGUACUUGUGUGCCGUGCCUUAUUCUUCCACAGUGACGGCACCGACAAUUCCAAGUAAAGUGGACGAGAAUGGGUAUGAGCUUGAUAAUGAAGGGAGGAUUAUUAAGGUGCCUCCGGAUGAAAAAGUUCCAAUUGACUUGGAGAUAAAGAGUCAGUUUGGGGUUGGUAAAGGCUGGAGGUGGGCUUGUAGGACUUCGGAAAGGUUCGAUGAUAAAAAGUACAGGACAGUUGGGCCGGGACCUGCUGCUUAUGCGGUGGAGGUUCCUAAGUGUGCCAAAGCUGAAGAAGACGAAAAGUAUAGAGAGAUGGCGCGGUUGUUCACUUUCAUACCCAGAUACGUCGAAGCGCAAGAAAUGAAAGCUCAAAGAGAGAAAAUGCCCGGUCCUGGAUCCUACGACCUGGACACUUCAAAGAAAGAGUGUGAAAGCAUCAAACCUAGACCCUUCAUCAGUGCCACCACAAGAUUCUCCUACAAAAUUUCAGACACCCCAGCCCCCACCCAGUACACAGUGUGCGACUGCAGCACGAAACAGAGGCAAUUCUCCACGAAAUGUGCCCCUUUCGGCGUCGAAUCCCCGAGGUUCAAGCGGAAAAAGCUCGCUUGCACACCUGGACCGGCCUGUUACGACAUCAAGGGCCCCCUCCAGCAAAAAAUCGAGAGCAAGAAAAACCGUUUCGCACUUUGUGACCCUCCUUUCAAUGUUACUGCCCCCCGAAAAAUUAAUUUUGCCCCACGUGAUGCGGCAUUUACUCCUUCUGCGGCUGAUUAUCCCCAGGAUAAAGAUGAGGAGGAGUGUGAUGAUACGAUGGAGAUUUAUUCGUCUGUGUUUAAAAAUUGUGUUGAAAGAUUUCCUUGUCUGAAGGAUGGGAAGGAGUCCAUAGGUCCGGCUGAAUACAACAUCAGCGAGAGUUUCAGCAAAAGCCGAAGCCGGAAGUGCCACAGCGUGGCGGAGGUGCCGUUCAACUCUUCCGGUCCACGCAGCGUCACUCCGGCGGUGAAAACCGGAGUCCCCUGUCCUUCAAGUUACAAGAACGAGCGAGGUCUUGACUAUAGAGGUUGUCGUUUCGGCAUGUCGCCUCGCUUCAAAUGUGUGGAAGAAACUCCGGGUCCGGGUCUGUACAACAUACACCCUCGUUUGGAGAAAUCCACCUACAGGGCUUACGACACCCAUAACCUGAAGCUGAAGGAGAACGUGCUCCGGAAGAAGCUCAAGACCGCGCCGUGGGACACCCGGAAGCACUGGUGCUCAGUGCUGAAAAAGCAGCGACUCCUGAAUUGGUUCAACGUGGAGCUGGACUUCGAGGAACGCAUGAUUUUGCUCAUUCAGAAAUUAUUCGACAAGCCAAUUUAGCAAAAUUGUAUCUGUCAACACGAAGUAACGUGACAUU